UCGGGAUGUCAGACUGUUCUUAGAAAAAGUAUAGUAUUCAUUAGAAAGUAUUAAACUGAUCGAUCAGGAUGUCAGAAUUCAUGAAAGUUAGAGCCGUUGGAGUAAUACAAGUACAUGUUGAGUAUAGCACUGUCUGAUAUAUGAGGAAUAUGUGAAGAUGGGGAAUAGUCUUCAACAAUGGCGUACUGCAAUAGGGACUUUCAGUCAAUCAUCAUCUGAUAGUUCAACGUUUAGAUUCACACGAUCUUGGUUAACAAACCAACCACCCGAUAAAGAGACACACCUGCCACCAAAUAAAUCCCAGAACCUGAGUGCGAAUCAAAAAGGCACACAUAAACACCAUGAUAAACUGAACAUCUCUGACCAACAAUCGCCAAACUCCGAGAAGUCAGUGUUGAAGCGGGGAUGGAUAAAGCGGUUAACAAUGCGAGAGGUUGGGUUGAAGAUGGCGCCUACCCUCCUUGUUAUCUUACUCAUCGCAUUGAUGAUUGGUGGGGUUGAAGUAAAUCCCGGUCCGAGACCAGGAUACAUCCCAGAAACUGAGGAUAGUAAGCUCAAGGUCGAAGAAGAUAAUCCUUUUGAAAAUGCUGUGAAAUCCAACAAACCCCCCUCAGUUGAGUGCGCACAAAGGAUGUACGAAAUUGGACGAGAACUCUGUAGAAAGGAUUGGAAAACUACAGACAUGGACGAAAUAGAACUGAGUAAACAGAUCGAUUUGUUUCACCAACUAGCUGUCGAGUACAAGAAACUAUUUGAAGAAACGAAACAUAUUGAGGGUUGGUAUUUCGUUCGAUCAGCAGGUCUUCUAAAUGCAGCUCUGAAUUGUAUUGAGAGACUAAAGAAACUCAAAGAAGACCCCUUGACUGAGAUCGAGAAGGACUGUAAUGAAAUAUUGCAGGGAUUAGAAACGACGUUUUUGAAGAGGGUUAAGAAGCACACCGAGAUCCCGACCGCAAAGGCGACAUUAAAGUAUCAAGAGGAAUUGAAGCAGUUGAGACAAUACUCUGAUUACACGAUCAAUUCUAUCGUCAAAGAUGAUAUGAUAGUCAAUUUAGAAACAGUUGAAAUGACAGUAGAAGACGAGGAGCGAACAAUAAAAAACAGCAAAGCAUUUUAUAACGAACUCAGCAACAAACUUGUGAGUUUUUAUAAGUUACUGAUAGAUGACUGCCUUAAUGUUUUUGGUACACCGAAUUGUAGGUUCUGUUUUGUAGGUCUGGGAUCUUUGGCAAGACAAGAGGCAACUGCAUACUCAGAUCUUGAAUCAGCAAUCAUAUUUGAUGACACUGAGAAAUCACUCGAGGAAAUAGACCAGCUUAAGAGUGAAUUUAGGCUCAUCGUGCAUUAUGUGCACUUUAAGAUACUCAACCUAGGCGAGACUGUCAUUCCAAGUUUAAGUAUUCCAGUGUUGAACGACUUUAACAAGGAAUUAACGGAAGAAUUAUCAGAAAACAAAUUCUUUGAUUCAAUUUCUCCUCAAGGAUUGUGUUUUGAUGGAGCCAUGCCAUGGGCGAGUAAAACCCCGAUUGGCCGUAACCCUACACAAAAGAAACCUGCAAGAGAGCUGAUUAUGACCCCAGACGAGAUGUCUGAAUGCCAAAACGAAGACGUUUGUUCGGACGAAGGCUAUCACUUGGGCGAUGUUCUCAUGACAACCACUCUGAUAUAUGGCGAUGGCGAUUUACACGAUAGCUAUAAAUCGAAACUUCGAAAAAUUCUUAAAUCAGAUUCAGAGAAAUUCCCAGGUAUUAGCGUAGGUGUCGCCAGGGCAGCCGAAACACUUAGAGACGAUUUGGAAAAAUAUGCAAAGAAUCCUCUUACGCCAGAAACAUUCAGUAAGCAAGUACAUGUUAAAAGAGACAUAUACAGAUUUGCGACGAUGUCUGUAAAUUCACUUAAACUUAAGUAUGACUGUGUCGCCCAAUCCCCUCUUGAUGUUCUGGAUGAAUUAUGCGAUAAAAAGAAGAUAUUGAAGGAGCGUGCCAAAAUUGACCUUCAGUUAAUGGUCUGUUCGUGUAUUAAUCUCCGGCAUUUCACUUACAACAAAUAUAAAAGACAAAGGGAGUUCAUAUCAUUCCUAUCGAGACCCCCUGACCAAGAAAGACCCACGGAUUCAAGUGAAUCGCUAUCUGUUCGGGAUUAUAGUGCAAUAUACCGCUUUUUCUUAACAUUCAUACCCUGGGCAAAUUUCUUGAAAGCGGCGAUUGAGGGCAAAACUGAAGAUUGGAAGUAUUUGCCUAGGUACAUAGAAAGCAGUGAACAAAUAAAGGGAACACUGCAUAAAGAAAUGAACUUUUUCAAAAAUGCAUUACUGGCCUUCAUGAAAGAAGAGACGCGAAUUAUGAACUUAGAACACUGCAGCAACCAAGAGCAACUUGCUGAAAUCCAAACAACCAUAGCGUCGCUUUAUAAUACAAAUUGCAUGUAUCGAGAUGCUUUGACGUACUACACUAAAGCGUAUAACUUGGAAAAGAAUGUACAUACUGAUGAAAACCAUCCACAUAUAGCAUCAUUACUUGACAGUUUGGGUAUUGUGCAUCGUUCAUUAGGCGAAUACAAGAAGGCACUUGAAUAUCAUCGAAAAUCACUAAAAAUUAACGAAAAAUUGUCUGUGUCUAAUACGUUUGAUAGAAAUAUUGCUAAAUCUCAAAUGAAUAUUGGAUGGGUCUUCUGGGAGCUCAACGAACUUGAAAAUGGUCUCACUUAUUUAAGGAAGAGUGAGAAGAUAUAUAAAACUAUCUGUGAAAAUGGACCCGAUCGAGAUUAUGCGUAUACGUUAAAUAUGAUUGGACUUGUCUAUCGAGAUCAACGUGACCUCACCAAUGCCUUGUUGCAUUUUCAAGACAGUUAUAAGAUAAGAAAGGAAAUAUGGAAUGAUGUCCCAAAUGAUGAUGUAGCGCAAUCACUGCACAAUAUUGGUCAGGUGUAUGAAAUUCAAGCUGAUACCAAUAAUGCUUUGUUAUAUUACAAUAAAGCGCUGACAAUGUUCCAACAGGUAUACCAAGACAAACCGCAUUAUACAAUUGCAACAGCAAUUGGUAGCAUUGGUGAUGUGUAUUCUCAGCAAGGUGAUCUCACCAAUGCCAUGUCUUACCAUACUGAUGCUCUUGCAAUGAAGAGACAGGUCUAUGGAGACAAGCCUCAUGCUAGUAUUGCCACAUCAAUGAAUAACAUUGGUGAUGUGUAUUCUCAGCAAGGUGACCUCACCGAUGCCAUGUCUUACCAUACUGAUGCUCUUGCAAUGAAGAGACAGGUAUAUGGAGACAAGCCUCAUGCUGAUAUUGCCACAUCAUUGUAUAACAUUGGUAGUGUGUAUUCUCAGCAAGGUUAUCUCACCGAUGCCAUGUCUUACCAUUCUGAUGCUCUUGCAAUGUAUAGACAGGUCUAUGGUGACAAGCCUCAUGCUCAUAUUGCCAUAUCAAUGAACAACAUUGGUGAUGUGUAUUCUCAGCAAGGUGACUUCUCCAAUGCCAUGUCUUACCAAAAUGAUGCUCUUGCAAUGUAUAGACAGGUCUAUGGUGACAAGCCUCAUGCUCAUAUUGCCAUAUCAUUGAGUAACAUUGGUAAUGUGUAUUCUCAGCAAGGUGACCUCACCAAUGCCAUGUCUUACCAUACUGAUGCUCUUGUAAUGAGAAGACAUGUCUAUGGAGACGAACCUCAUGCUGAUAUUGCCACAUCAAUGAACAACAUUGGUGAUGUGUAUUGUGAGCAAGGUGACCUCACCAAUGCCAUGUCUUACUAUACUGAUGCUCUUACAAUGAGAAGACAAGUCUAUGGAGACAAGCCUCAUGCUCAUAUUGCCAUAUCAUUGUACAAAAUUGGUAGUGUGUAUUGUGAGCAAGGUGACCUCACCAAGGCCAUGUCUUACUAUACUGAUGCUCUUGCAAUGUAUAGACAGGUCUAUGGAGACAAACCUCAUGCUGAUAUUGCCAUAUCAUUGUACAAAAUUGGUAGUGUGUAUUGUGAGCAAGGUGACCUCACCAAGGCCAUGUCUUACUAUACUGAUGCUCUUGCAAUGUAUAGACAGGUCUAUGGAGACAAACCUCAUGCUGAUAUUGCCAUAUCAUUGUACAACAUUGGUAAUGUGUAUUCUCAGCAAGGUGACCUCGCCAAUGCCUUGCAAUACUUCACCGGAUGUCUUACAAUGGAGAGAUUAGUAGAUGAUUACAAGGCUCAUAAUCAUAUCACUUUAACAUUGGAAAGCAUCGCAAAUAUAUUUCUCAAACAAGGCGACAUGGUCAAUUAUAUCAAGUAUUCCGAAGAGAGUAAGGAGAUGAAGGAGAAACUCAAGUAG